GCACCGCCAAGAUUCUCAUCCAACGGACAUUGUGCCAUCGUGCCACCUGUCUCAAUUGGCAUCAGUUGUUUUUCUCCUUUGAUCUGCUGCUAUUAUUAUAUUAACACUCUCCAGAUAUAAGAUGAAGCGACCACCCUCUACAAGCAAUAAUACAAGCAGCAGCAGUAGUAUGCCGCGACUGAUACGCAUUAUUCGCCUUGGUUUGGUGGCAUUUGGCAUUGGAAUGAUGAGUGGGACCUUUCGCAAAGUGACCAAGAUGGAUCUGCAAAGUUACACGAAUACGAAUGCGGGCAGCAUUAGCAGUCAGAGUGAUCAAUUACUAUCAGAGGAUGAUAAAAACAGUGGAAGCAUGGAAGUGUCGGGGGAAACUAAUAGGGCUUUGACGACCACAAAAACUGCACAACAACAGACACAAUCAUCAGAUACCGAUACAACAGCCGUUUCAUCAUCCCUAGUGGCACCACUUGAGCCUGAAGAAGAAAAGGCUUCAGAAUCGGAGGCUGCCGUUGAGCCUGAUGAGAAAACUUUAGACACAGCUGAAGAUUCUACUCCAGAAGAGACAAACAAAGCUGAAGAAAUUCCAAAAAAGACCAAUCAAAUUUUAGCUAAAGAUUCGACGACUGCAGAAGAGGCAGCUGAGACCGAAGGAACUGAAACUGAAGAAACACGGGUAGACGAAUCGCUGGAAGAAGAAACAGCUGAAGCUGAAGCUGAGGAAACAACCCCUGGAACUGAAGGAAAUACAACUGAUGCUGCAGCUGAUGGAACAACAACAACCGAAACAGGAGAAACAACAACAACGGAAGAGACUGCUGAAUCAGAAGCUGACGAACAAAACGAUGACUCUGAAUCUGAUCCAGCAGGAGGCACUGGAGAAGAGUCAGAUAUCAUCCCUGGAAAUACGACUUUGGAAGAAAUAGUUGGAGACAUGGAGGACACACCCACUUACGAAGCAGAAGCAGAUCAGACUGAAGGAACCUCUGAAGAAGGAGCAGAUCAACCUAAACCAUCCAAAAAUGAAACAGAAACAGAAUCCCAAGGAGAUCAACCUCAAGACACAGAAUCUGAAGGAGGGGAACAGGAGGACACGACAGCUAAGGAUCGACCUGCAGAAGCUGAAUCAGAUCAAGGUGGGGAUCAGGAUAAACCAAUCAGCACCUCAGAGGAAGCAACUAAACCAGUUCUGGAUUCAGCUCCAGCUACAACAACAACCCACACGACAACUUUGUCCAAGCCAGCUUCCAACCAUACUAUUACGGCUCCUUCAUCAAUGACUACCAGACCUGUGGGUAUGGGCGCCUGCUUGUUGAUCAAAGACGACAAUCACUGGGUUAUUGAAUGGUUGGCCUUUCAUUGGUUUGUCAUCCCACUUCGAUACCUCGUCGUUGUCAUUGAUCCUUCCUCUGUCACAUCUCCUCUCCAAAUUCUCGACCGGUGGAAGGACCUUAUGGAAAUUGAAAUUUGGCAUGACAAAGACUUUAUCAACGAACAAAAAAUCACCAAACAGACACGAGAUAUCUACAAACAGAAUACACAGCUCAUGAAACAUCGGCAUCGACAAGCCACAUUCUACAACAAGUUUCUGCGACAUGUACACAGACACAAAAAACUCAUGAAAAUUCCAUGGGUCUUUCUUACCGAUACCGAUGAAUUCCUGUCACUUAAUUAUCCAUACUUGUCAGGAGAACAAACGUCAUCCUUUAAAUUUCCGACCACGCCCGAGCUACAAGACAUGGCACGCCAGUUUCCCAUUACCGAACGAGGAUCUGUGCUCCGAUUUCUGGCCCAUCAUCAAAGCGUCACGAAAAAGACUGAAAAAUGUCUUUACGUGCAACGAUAUCAAGUUGGAAGUCAACAAGCCAAUGCAUCGUUGGUCGAACGAUAUCUUCCCUACGACAACACGACAUCCUCACAAUCGCAACAACUACUCAAUCCACACAACAUGCUCACACAAAAUUUCCUCUAUCGAACGCCGAAACACAUCAAAUUCGGCAAAAACGUACUACACUUGACAGCCAUUGAUCGAAUUGCCAAGGAACCCUCCAAUGUCCACAAAGUUAGUAGUCGCCAUUGCGUUGGAGUGGCCGGUGCCGAUGGACUUGCAUCGACGAGCUAUCUCAAAAUCAAUCAUUACGUGGGCACGCCGGAACAGUAUCUGUUUCGACAAGAUCCUCGAUCCCGUACCAAUAUCCACGGCGGACAAGCCAAUCGACCACAGAAAGGCAUCAAAGAAAACAAAGGCGACCAACGCAAUCUGGAGCGAUUCAAUUUGCUCAACGUAGGGACGACGCAUUUUUCGUCGGAUAUGCAAGGAUGGGUUCAAGGAUUCAUCCAAGAAGUGGGAUUGGCCAAAGCACAAGAGCUACUCGCGGGUGUCGGAGAGUUGGGUGUAGAGUAGAGUAGGAAUACAAUAG